ACUAGCUUAUUGGAUGUAUGCAGGACCAGCUCAUAUCGGCACAUUAAGAAUAGCAAGUUCGUUUAAAAAUAUACAAGCUAUUAUGCAUGCUCCUCUUGGAGACGAUUAUUUUAAUGUAAUGAAAUCAAUGCUGGAAAGGGAACGAAAUUUUACACCUGUUACUACAAGUGUAGUAGAUAGGCAUGUACUAGCAAGAGGCUCUCAAGAAAAAGUUGUCAAUAAUAUUACUAGAAAAGAUAAAGAAUUUACACCUGAUCUGAUUAUUUUGACACCAACUUGUACGUCUAGUAUCUUGCAAGAAGAUCUUCAAAAUUUUGUUAAUAGAGCAAGUAUGGAAAUCAAAGCAGAUGUAUUAUUAGCUGAUGUUAAUCAUUAUAGAGUUAAUGAAUUACAAGCUGCUGAUAAAACAUUAGAACAAAUUGUAAAAUUUUAUAUUUAUAAAGCUAAAAAAGAAAAAAAUUUGUUAACUAAUAAAACAAAAGAUAUAUCUGUUAAUAUAAUUGGAAUAACAAGUUUAGGUUUUCACCAUCAACAUGAUUUGAAAGAGAUACAAAAAUUGUUUUCUGAUCUUAAUAUUAAAAUUAAUUUGGUUAUUCCUCAUGAUACCUCUGUUAAUCAAUUAAAAAAAUUACCUGAAGCAUGGUUUAAUGUAGUUCCAUAUCAUGAAGUAGGGUUGUUAACAGCUCAAUUUUUGCAUGAAGAAUUUAAGAUGCCAUAUAUUGAUAUUACUCCUAUGGGAAUAGUUGAAACCGCUAGGUUUAUUAGAGAAAUACAAUCUAUUUUAAAGAACUAUCAGGUUAAUGUCAAUUAUGAAGAGUAUAUCGAUAAGCAGACUAGGUUUAUUUCUCAGUCUGCAUGGUUCUCUCGUUCAAUUGAUUGUCAAAACUUAACAGGUAAAAGGGCAGUUGUUUUUGGAGACUCUACUCAUGCUGCUGCAAUAACAAAAAUUUUAGUUAGAGAAAUGGGCAUUAACGUUGUUUGGGCAGGUACAUAUUGUAAAAAUGAUGAUGAAUGGUUUAAUAAUGAAAUAAAUGAUUUAUGUAAAACAAUUAUUAUCUCUGAUGACCAUAAUUUUAUUGCCGAUUUAAUUGCAGAAACUGAACCAGACGCUAUUUUUGGAACUCAAAUGGAAAGACAUAUAGGAAAAAGAUUAAAUAUUCCUUGUGGAGUAAUUUCUUCACCCGUACAUAUUCAGAAUUUUCCUUUAAGUUAUCGUCCUUUUUUAGGAUACGAAGGAAGUAAUCAGAUUGCAGACUUAAUAUAUAAUUCCUUUACUUUAGGAAUGGAAGAUCAUUUAUUAGAAAUUUUCGGUGGACACGAUACUCGUGAUACUAUUAGUAAUACACUAUCAUUAAAAGAUGAAACGAAUAAAUCAUCAAUAGAAUGGACGGAAGAGGCUAAGAAUGAGUUAUUAAAGAUUCCUGGUUUUGUACGUAACAAAAUACAAUGUAUUCAGCAAAGGAAGCAUUAAAAAACCUCAAUAAAUAGAAAAAGAUAUUA